UAUUGGUUGGGAGAGAUUUUUUUGUAUAAUAAAAAUGUACACAUACAAUGCAACUUGUGCGCAGUAUCCGCCAACAUUAUGUGACUGGGUUAAAAAUAUACGAGUGAAGAAAAUACAAAUGAAACGAAAGUUUCGUGCUGGUGGUAAUCUACGUGUAUGUGCUAUUUUAUCUACUGCUUUACUGAGUGCUGAAAAUGAAUUGCGUCUUAAGCAACAAGAAAGAUUUAAUCGUUGGUUGGAGUUUCAAACAAAAAACCAAAUGAAAACUGUGAACAAAGUCGAUGAUGAUUACGUAAAAACAAUGGCGAAAAACAGCAAGGAACGUGAAGACAUCGAAAAUAUGUGGAAAUGUGAACUAAGUGGUCUUGAUGAAUUUAUGAAAAAAAUGAGUAGCAACAACAAUUAAAACAAUCUAAAAUAUUAGCGUUCAAAACAAUAUUAUAUAUGACAUAAACUGUAAUGUGUAUUAGUUAUUAUGCUAGUUUCUCAU